AUGGAGCCUCUCCGGAGCAUGUCGCGACAAGACUCUGAAAAGUCUGAGGCUCGUCGUCAAGCCAGUCGCUCUAAUGCUACCAUUCAACAUGUUACCGACACAAUGAUUGCGGUGACUGAGUCUUUCCGUCAUCAUUAUCAGCAACAAUAUGGUGGCCACUCUCCAACUACGCCAGCUCCCACUUACACGAAUUCCAAUCCAUGUUCCCAUUAUCAACCUCAUACUUAUACUCACUCUUAUGCACACUCUCACUCUCGCUCUUACUCUCAGUCCCAUUCGCACGCUCGAAGUCCUUCGAGCGUUAGUGGAAUGUCACAGAACUUACUCGACGUGGACGCGGUGAGCCAAAUGAGCGUAUCGGACAUGACCAGCCCGCCCAGUGCUUCAUCUCGAAACAAUUAUAUACCCACCAUACUUAUGCCAGGACGACCUCCAAAUGCCGAGGCGGAUUAUUUGCUUGAUCAGGACCUGGAGUCAGAAAUGACCGAAACAUCUGCUCACAUCCCCGAAGACUUGAUUCGACUCGCCACACCAAACUUACCACCACGAUUAGAUACGCCUCAUACACCCCCCCCUCGCUUGAGCAUUCCCGUAAACCUCGCCGAGCCUCAACCACAUGUAGCUCCUGCCCCGAACCCUGCCCCCCUACCGGGGGACUUCUCGGUCAAUCACGGCGGACUUGUCCAGGCUGCCAGACGAUUCGAAGCUUUCAGAUCGACGACGCAGCAUCACCAGUAUAUGGCUCUCAGACCUGACAUUGGUACACGGUCUCUACCACUAGGCACGGUCACACAUAUUCGUGCAGGCUCCGAUUCGGACCCUGUUUCACCUGCAAGUCAAGGUUUGCGCAGGAAACCUUUGAAUGAAGGCGCGAGGAAGAUCGAGUUCAACCACGCCACCAACGAAAGUCUUUUUGUUGCUAUAAUUUGCAUGGCUCAAGUGUUGAUGUAUGCUGGUCUUGCGCAAACUUUGAUACCCGGCCGGCAUAUCGGAGAGUCGUUCUUUGAGCCACAACGUACGGCGCACCUUGCUUGGUUUACUUCAGCAUACGCCUUAGGUUACGGUUCAACAACUCUUCUCGGCAAUCGGAUUGGAAAUGUUUGUGGUCAGAGGUACACAUUUAUCGCCGGAUAUUUCUGGUUUGCGCUAUGGAGUCUUCUCGCUGGCUUAAGUGUAUACGUGCAAACGAGUGACAAUAGAGGAGCUGUAUUCUUCUGCAUCUGUCGUGCGAUGCAAGGCAUCGGUCCUGCACUGGCUAUUCCCAAUGGUUACGGGUUGCUGUUGAGAGCGUACCCCCCUGGACCGCGCAAGAUGCUUGCUAUGGGCUUAUUCGAUGCUGCUGCUCCUUUCGGGUUUGUCCUUGGUUCAGUCAUGACAGGUCUUUUGUCUAACUACACCUCGUGGCCUUGGGCUUUCUACUGCCUGGCCACGGUUUGUGUAGCUUUAGGGGUCUCAAGCGUGCUUGUUGUUCCCGCAAAGAGAGUUCUGGUCUAUGAUUUCGAAGGCAAUGUUUGGAAACGCCUGGAUAUCUUGGGCUUUUUAUUUGGAGCUGCUGCCUUGGUUCUUUUCAGCGUUGGCUGGAACCAGGUGCCCAUCGUAGGAUGGGGCAACGCUGAAGCAUAUAUACUAAUUUUUGCCGGCAUCUUACUUAUGCCACUAUUCGGCUUCUUUGAAGCGCAAGCCAGCCACCCACUGGUCCCAUUCAAACAGAUCCAUCUGGCUGCUGCUGUCACUAUCGGCUUCGUAGCAGUCGCCUCGGCAGCGUUCGGGGUUUGGGUUUGGUAUUUUGCCCAGUUCAUUGAAGUCGUGAGAGGAUGGGGUCCAUUACUCACAAGUGCUGGGCUGGUUCCAAUACUAGUGGUGGGAGUUGUGGUUGGCUUUCUGAGUUGGCCUUUCUCAAAUCGUGAGUUCACAGCUCAGCUCGUGGUUGUUGUUUCAUCAAUAUCGAUUUUGAUCAGUUCAGCUUUGGUGGCUACAGCGCCAGCUCAGCAGGGAUACUGGUCCAACUCAUUUGCCAGUACUAUAUUUAUGGGAGUGGGUAUGGUCUUGGUUAUCCCCUCAUCCUCAACAGUACUGGGACGCGAUGUCCCCGAGGGACAACUUGGGCUCGCGAGUAGUCUCACCAACAUGGUAGCCGCAUUUUCUUUCUCUGUUGGAUUGGGUAUGGCGGGAGCUGUGGAGGCGCGGAAAAGAAAUAUCAAGAACCCUCUAGGAGGAUAUCGAGAUGCGCAGUACUUUGGUCUAGGAUUGGGAGGGCUGGCCUUCAUUCUAUCCCUCGGCCUACUUUACGCAGCAAUACUUAGACGUCGGAGAGAAUGA